UUCAGGCUUUUCCUGGCAUGGCUGAUGAGAAUACGGGACCCCAACACGCAAUGGGAUGGGCCAUUGAGGUUGGUGAUGGUGCAAGAGCCCAAACCCUGACCCUUGGGGAGGCCAUGACACAAGGAUAUAAUCUCCUGAUUGACAGCGACAGGAUCACCGUGCAAGUGUCAUUCAAUGCCACUGGAGUGACCCACUACACGCAAGGUAACAGUCACCUCUACACGGUGCCUCUGAAGCUUAUCCAUGUAAUCUUUGGACAAAAGACCAUCUUAUCAUCACAGGUGACCUGUAUCACAGGUCCUGUCACCUGUAACGCCACACACAUGACUCUCACCAUGCCAGAGUUUCCCGGGAAGUUAAAAUCCGUGAGCUUCGAAAAUAGAGACAUUGCCACGAGCCAGUUACACGCUAAUGGGAUUGAUGUGGAAGCGAGAAAUGGCUUGAGCCUGCACUUCAGCAAAAUGCUUCUCAAAACAAAAGUCUCAGAGAAAUGCCUACCCUAUCUGUUCUACUUAUCUUCACUCAAGCUGACUUUUUACUUUCAACGGGAGGUGGUAUCCAUGGUGAUUCACCCUGAGUGUCUCUGUGAGUCACCGGUUUCUGUAGGUGAGCUGUGUACUCAGGAUGGGUUUAUGGACAUCCAAGUCUACAACCACCAAACAAGACCAGCUCUCAACCUGGAUACCCUCAGGGUGGGGGCUUCCUCCUGCCAGCCGACCUUUAAAGCUCCGUCUCAGGGGCUGGUGCACUUUCAUGUGCCCCUGAAUGGAUGCGGAACAAGACAUGAGUUCAAGGGUGACAAGGUCAUCUAUGAAAAUGAAAUACAUGCUGUCUGGGCAGACCUCCCUCCGAGCACAAUUUCCAGAGAUAGCGAAUUCAGAAUGACAGUGACGUGCUAUUACGGCAGGGGUGACAGGCUCACCAACAUCAGUGUCGGAAGUGUUCCCCCUCCAGUGGCCUUAGUGAAGCCGGGCCCACUCACCUUCAUCCUGCAGACGUACCCUGAUAACUCCUACCUGCAACCGUAUGGGGACAAGGAGUACCCUGUGGUGAGAUACCUCCGCCAACCGAUUUACCUGGAAGCGAGGGUCCUGAACAGAACCGACCCCCACGUCAAGCUGGUCUUGGAUGACUGCUGGGCGACGCCCACCAUGGACCCAGCCUCUCUGCCGCAGUGGAAUAUUGUCGUGGAUGGCUGUGCAUCCAACAUGGACAACCACAGAACCACCUUCCAUCCAGUCGGCUCCUCGGUGACCCACCCUAAUCACUUCCAGAGGUUUGACGUGAAGACCUUUGCCUUCAUGUCAGAGGGCCGCGAGCGCUCCAGCCUGGUCCACUUCCACUGCAGUGCCUUCAUCUGCACGGAACAAGCUCCCGACUCCCCUCUGUGCUCCGUGACUUGCCCUGCAUCCUCCAGAGGCAAGCGAGGGGUCACCGAGGAAGAGAAAACAGCAGUAAGCCUCCCAGGACCCAUCCUCCUGUUGUCAGAUGUCUCUUCAGUCAGAGAUGGUGUAGCCUCUAUGGAGCACGGGACUGCUGGGUAUGUGGCUUUCAAAACCAUGGCUGCCGUGGUUGCCUCAGCAGGUGUCAUGGCAACUCUAGGCCUCAUCCAUUACCUGAGCAAGAUGAGAACCACGACAUUAAACCGCUAGCUGGACUGUCAAAUAAAGUGGUUG